CCAUUAACUAAACUAUUUGUUUUCAUUUUGUCUCAAUCUCCUCUUCUGAGCUCUUCCAAAAACGUAAUUUUCGUUUCCUCCUUAGAACACCCACUUAUCAUCCUCCUCGCAACCACAAUCUUCAUCAUCUUGCGGUCUGAGCUACGCAAUCCUUUCUUCUUCCAAGAUUCGGAGCUUUUUUAUAAUGGCGCUGUUACCUCUUCACCAUGAGUUCCCCUGUAAAGAUCAUGUCUUUCAGCAUGGGACUUCAACUCGGCAUAGCAGAGGACAAGUGUUGUUUGAUACGAAUGGUUCCAGACGUUGUUUUUCUUCGUUUGCAAGGACCUUCCCUUAUUGUCUUUCAUCAAGAGGAAAGCUGUGCUUGGUUAGGGCGUCAUCAGAGACCAAGAUCAUCAAGGAGAGACUUAAGCUGUUAGAUUCUUAUUUUGGGAAACUUCAAGACGACGAUGAGAAGAAGCCCUCUAUCUCAACGGGUGAUGAUGAGAAAGCUAAGCUCAAUGCGGAGACGGAGUUAGAAUCUUUGAGCGUUUAUCUUGACAAGCAACAACAAGAUGCGGUGAUAAAACCAGAAGGAGAUUCAGCAGCAAGCAAACUGAGAAAGGCGGAUAUCAAAAGUAAUAAUUCUAGUCCUUUCCAGCAGCUCGAUGAUGAUGAUGAGGAUCAAGGAGAAGAUACGUUGAACUUCUAUGCUGUGAGCAUAUUAGCAGCCAUAAACGUCGGAGUGUGUCUGUUUGAAGCAGCGGCUCCAGUGAGGAAUAACGAAAUGGGACUCUUAUCGCUUCCGUUGCUCUAUGGAGCAAAGAUAAACGAUCUAAUCGUCGCUGGAGAAUGGUGGAGGCUGCUCACACCCAUGUUUCUGCAUUCUGGAAUCCCUCACGUAGCACUUAGCUCAUGGGCUCUGCUUACCUUUGGACCAAAAGUGUGCCGUGACUAUGGGAUAUUCAAGUUUUGUCUGAUUUACAUUCUCGGAGGAGUCUCUGGUAAUUUCAUGAGCUUUCUUCUUACUCCAGAUCCUACUGUUGGUGGAACUGGACCAGCAUUUGCGUUAAUAGGAGCUUGGCUUGUGGACCAAUCUCAGAACAAGGAGAUGAUCAAAAGAGAUGAGUAUGAGGAUUUGUUUCAGAAGGCCAUUGUAAUGACAGGGCUUGGUCUCAUAUUAAGCCAUUUCGGUCCUAUAGAUGACUGGACAAAUCUGGGAGCACUUGUAGCUGGGAUCGUGUAUGGGUUCUUCACUUGUCCAGUGCUUCAACUUGGAAGAGGAAGUGAAAGACCUGAAGGGAUUGUGACUGUUGGACGGGAGAAACAGAAUAGCGGUGAUCCAUGUAAAUCGUUUCUUGUGUUCGUAGUCUUUGUUGCGGUUCUCGUGACUUGUGUGCUAGUCCUUGGGGAUGGACCGUUGGACUUCCCUACGUAUGAUGAUGUUGUCUACUCUCUCAUUUAGUGUAGCAUCAUCAAGACAACAACUAUAAGGUCUUGUGUGUGUGUGUGUACUUAUGUAAAUGACAAGUUGAAUUUCUGUAUUGGUAAACAAGGAGAGAGCUCUUUGGUUUGGGGUAUAGCACAAUGAGAAAACUAUACUAAACUAUUCUCACA